AUGAAAAAGCUCGCCGACGUAGAAACCUACAAAGCCGAAAAGAAGUUCGGCAAAGAGAAUCAAUGCGACUUGAACGAGAGCGAGUCGUGGAUUGAAUCGCGCGCAUUGACGCACGCCGAAGCCGGCGAGUGUCUGAAUACGUUGGGCAAAUGCGUCGAAUCGUACGAACACGCUUACUUGAGCUUAGACGCCUCCAACAGGAAUCUGACGGAUGUAAGUGUGAUAUCGUUCUUCGAACACGUUCGCUACGUAAACGUGUCUGGGAACAGAUUGACUUCCGAGGCGUUACGUGCGCUCGAGACGAUGCCGUAUCUGCAGAUUCUGCAAGCGAAUCGGAAUCUUUUGAUCACCGUAGAUUUAAAACCAAUGCCUUAUUUGCAGCAACUCAUCCUGAACAAGAACAGGGUGACGGACACAUCCGGCAUCCGCCAUAAGCAACUUGAACGUUUGGAGUUGAAUUACAACGACUUACGUUUCGUAACCUUGGAUCCCGAGACUCUCGUUAACUUGAAGAUCUUGGAAUUACGUGGCAACGCGCUCGACAGCACCAUAGGAAUUUGCUGUUCCGGUCUCGCGCAUUUGUUUCUGGCCGAGAAUCAAAUUAAAAGGAUCGAAGAUCUCGAAGUCCUCGUAAAUCUGAAAAUGCUACAUCUGCGAAGCAACGAGUUGGCGAGCCUGGACGGCUUCACCGAAAAGUGUCUCAGUUUGAAUUAUGUCAAUUUGCGCAACAACAAGCUCACAAAGAUUUCGGAGCUGAGAAAACUAAGUUGCUUGCCGAGUCUGGAAAUUCUUAUCGUCCUAGAAAAUCCUUUUCUGGAAAAAGAUAAAGAAAAAGAAAAAAUCGAUAAGGAUCAUAUAUCAGAUCGGGAAAGAGACAAAGCGAAGGACUUGCUAAAGAAAAUGACGAAAAACGGAUUUGAGGAUUUUGAUUUGCAAAAUUGA